AUGCGCUGGAAGCUUCAAAAAGUGAAGUAUCACCCGAGAGGCAAAGGUUUUAAAGUAGAGCUCCAACGUCCUGAAACCUCGCAGCUCAAGUUGCGAGAUGUCGUUAUCGGUAAAAACCGAUGUGACUUUUGUGCGCUGCUAUACAACUUUAUAACCGGAGCUGGCGCAAUGCAGGAUGAGCUACUCGAUAAGCGGAUCGUUCUGUCCAGCUAUCGGGAUGAUCGAGUCCGUGAUGACUUCGAAAUGGAAUUAGCGAUUAACGGCAUCCGUGUUGCUUUCCAGGAUCACGACCAAAUUGAGCUGGAGACCAAGUACCCUGUAUUAUGUCAAUACCUACCCCUAACGAAGGUACCAGGUCCAUCUGGAUUCCAAUUCUCAGACGACGCAUCUCACGCGCCCUCGCCAACGGACAUUGUCAAAAGAAUUAAACUCGAGAAAUCCUGCGAUGGCGCUGACCUCGCACAUUUCAUACCCGGCGAGGCCCCCACGCCGCCAGAGGAACAGGUAGUGUAUGCAAAAGCAAGAGCCUGGCUUGAUUGUUGCAAAAAGAAGCAUCGGUCUUGUCGGCGUGGGCUUCCGGGGAGGUUAUAUGGAAGCAUCAAGGACGUCCAGGACAAAUCCGCUUUGCCCUUCCGGGCCGUCUUUGUAGGUGCUGCCGAGGGUGGCGCGCCGUACUUGAUCGAGACUGGAGGAAUAUGCGCAGAAUAUGCUACCUUGAGCUACUGUUGGGGCGAAGCACUAGGUGCCGCGGGAUCUGGUGCUGCGGGAUGGCCUCACGUUACUUUAACCUCGAACCUCGAGGAACGACUCGGCGGUGCACCACUGGACGCUAUGCCGCGAACGAUCCAACAUGCGAUAUUGAUAUGUCAGAGGCUAGGCCUGCAGUACCUCUGGGUCGACUGUCUCUGUAUCGUACAGGACGACCGCGCAGAUUGGAACAGAGAAUCAAGCAAAAUGCGUGAGAUCUACGAGCAAUCUACCGUCACGAUUGUCGCCCUUGGAGCCAAGGAUAUCUACCAAGGAUGCUUCUUCCCCCGACCGCCAACUCACGUCUCGGACUCGCGAGGUGAACACCCUGGAACUGGAGCCGUUAGUUUGCCGUUCAUUGUGGAUGAUACGUACCUGGGCACGGUCUAUGCUUAUCCUCCACCCCAUGGUCCCGACUUCCAUGAAGUUCUCGACAGUGUUUGGAAUACCCGUGGAUGGACCUUCCAAGAACGCGCCCUCUCGCGCCGUCUUCUCUACUUCGGCAGACACCAAUUGCUUUGGGAGUGCCAGAAAUGCCGAUGGACAGAGGACAACACACACAAUUUCAACAUGAACUCGCCGGGGAGAGCUGACAAUGAAUUGGAAGACGAGGGCGGUCUGAAAAAAUCCAUCUCUGCCGCCGUGAUGGCCGUGAACUUUGUUGGAGGGUCUCAAGACCUCGCGGACGACUUGCAAGCUAUGGGGCACAAGGUAACCGUCAGCUUGUAUCGGGCCGCCAUUCUGCUCAUAGCAUGGCCCGUGAAGAAAGGGCGGGCCUAUGUGGAUGCCGUUCGCAGAUGUGUGGGAUGUGGCUGUUACCGAGUACAGCGCACGGGCUCUGACGGAACCCAACGACAAACUACUCGCCCUGCAGGGUCUCGCAGAAGCAUUCUCUCUGGCGAAGACGAUGGUCUUAUUCCUAUGGUCUGUAUCUGGCAAACAUUGCAUGUUGCCUACUUUGGUUUUCGACGGGCGAGCCUUUGA